UGAUUAUAAAGCAUUUGGUUUCUUUCAGGACGUGACCAUUUUACUUUCACAUAGUAGUAUACCCAAAACUCUCCAGUUUUCCCUGAAGAUUGAAGAUAGAAGUAUCUUUAGAAAAUGCCUAUUAGCCAGAAUCCCAAAGAAUGUGGUUGGUUCUAUCAUGCACCAGCAAAAAAACAGGUGGGAACAGAGCGCAUGGAUGCUCCUGCACCUUCACAGAUUCCUGGCAUUGGUUAUGAUGACCCGGCGGUAAUGGAACCAGAACAAGUCCGAGAGAUGAUGUUCAAAGAAACUGACUCAAAGUACAUCCGCAUGGCCAAGAUGGGUGGGAGAAAAGAUCUGUUGCAGUUUCACCCAGAAAAUUAUGGAGGGAAAAAGAGUGAGGCUCCUGUAGGCUAUCAUAGAAAUGAGUGGUUCUACUUGGAGGACAACCGCAUGGAAGAUGAGGAGAAAAAAACUGAGGAAAAGAAGGAGUGGGAGUUUUUGUUGCCGGAGUAUAUGGUACACAAGGGCUACAAGCCUUCUUUUGAAAACCCAGCCACCCCACCUUCACGAGGGAGAGCUCCAUUUUACACCGAGAAAAUAACAGAGGUUGAGAGAGAGCAGCGGGAGGGAAGGUCAGCCACUGACAAGACAGUCAGGAUUCCAGAAAUUAGAAGACCUGGCUAUGGUGUGAGGAAUGAGAAGCCUCCAGUUGCCAUGCAGACACCCCCACCAAGGGAGAAGCCCAUCAGACCCCAAGCCUCUGUUCUGGAUACCACAAGCCAGAGAAGGGGGAAGAAAAAUGUUCUAAUGUCAUCAGAGACAGACGAUCCCACGAACAUGAUGAAACUUCUGUCCGGCGAGUACGAGCGUGAAUGGCACAACAAGCUGGACAGCAUGAAAUUGGAAGAGAAGUCAGGAAAAGCCCCAAAGCCAGGUUAUGACGAUGCCCGCUAUGGCUCUGCUGGGCAGAAUCAAAGGAUGAACCACAAAACUCUCACACCGCAAAAGGCUAAAGGAAAAGAAGAGGAAGAAAAAGAGAUGUUCAAGCUGAGCAGGUUCCAGAACAUUCCUUCCAAAAUUGACUCCCAUCAGCGGCCAGAGAUAAUGGCAGCUGUCAAAUAAAGAGUUCAAACUGUCCAAGUCAAUCAUGUUGCUGCUUCAUUUCAUACUCCACUCCGUGCAGUCAAUUCAAUCAACUUUGUUUUAAUGCAUGAACCCUUACUGCUGCUCUACAAAACACAAACAGGCAAUUUGGAAACAGAGCAAUUGUCUGGAUGAAAGUAGUGAAAAAGAAAAGAAAGAAGGCAAAGAUAAUUUACCAAAGUAAAUAUGUAUCAUACUUGUUUUCCUGAGCAGGCAUACCAUGGAGGCUUUAUUGCCAUUCUGAAUUAGCAGGAUAUCUGGACAUAAAAACUACGAUGUAUAGAGAUAUGUGCCUCUCUUUUAAUUUAAAAGAGGGUAAUUAAGAGUUUGGAUGCUUGCUGCAGAAGGUUAGCCCGUAACACAUUGUAACUGGGGUGAAUGCAGAUCUUCCCCUUCUAUUUAUUUGGAGAAGAGAGGGUGGGGUAUUGUGAGUGUGCCCAUGUAGGGAGAAAGAAGGAAUGAUGGCUCUUGGCCAAUGUAUGUUGAGCUGUCGGUUAAAGCUGCUACAGUUUUAUCCUUGGUAUUUUUUCGAUGAAUGAGUUUUGUCCUUAUUUAGUUUGUGAGUAUGCCUGAUAUAUCCAAAAGUACAAAAUGGGUCUGGUGAGUUUUGAUGUUUUAUAUAUUAUUAUGUAUAUAUAUAUGUUUCUUUGUGUUAUCAUUAUGCAUGAAAGACAGUUUUGUUAAAUGAGUUUCAUUUUUGGGACGCCAACAUAAUAUGCUUGAAAAGUGCAGUAACUUUUUUGCACUUCUGAAGUGUAGUCAUUUACUUUCUAAAGUUUUUCACCAUCAAAUAUAAAAUAUGGAUAUUGUUAUCACACAGGCCUUUUUUUAGUGCUUCAGUAAACUGAGGAUAGCUAUUUCAAGCAUCUCUCUGUAUUGCUUGUGUUUGAGUUAUAUUUUUGCCAUCAACUUUUCACAAGAGCAAUAGAUAAAAUGAACGCUAUUAUAUAAAUACACUUUUUCCUUUUUGUAUGUGACAAGUUCAAGGUCAAAUACUUGUUUGAGCAUUUUUCUGUUAACAUUUUAAGGAUCACUCAUUCAGAUGCCUGCACAUUUAGGCCUGUUGGUAUCAUAUUUUCAUAUUUUGCUUUCAAUUUCAAGUAUUCAUUCAAGUGUGCCCUGCACAGAGUAUUGAACACAAGUAAUUCUCUAUGCUUUGGGGGGAAAAAAAUCUAAUUUGGGAAUUUCAAUCGUAGAAUUAGGGCAGUCCUUCUGUACAAUUUUCUGUGAACUGAUGGGUGCUUUUUUUUAAAGGUCAUUUGGAUUCUGACAAUUUUUACUUCAGGCAUAACCAGAAAAUAUGAGAAACUAAAUUAUAGGAAGAAGUACAUUGCAUGUAAUACAUAUAAAAGGCAGAGGAAAAUUGUGACUGAAUACAAGUUUAUCAAGGUUCACAAUUUGAAAAGAGCACAGGAUAACUGCAUUACACUUACACCCUAAGGAACUUACUUGAGUUUACUAGUGGCCAGAACAAAAAGGCUGACCCUAUAUUUUUUUUCCUUAGACUCCUUUUAUGAGAUGCAUUUCGAUUUGAUUUUUAACCAAUAGCAGUAUUGUAUUAAAAACAUUAUGUCUUACAUUUCAUUUUCAUACAAAAAAGAUCAUUAAACUAUAAAGUAUUAUCACUAUCACCAACAAAA